CUUUUGAACCUCCUCAUGGAUCAUCAUUCCUGUGAUUGCUUUGAGACCCAAUGGCCAGCUGAUGAUAUCCUCAUCAAAUACCAAUACAUAUCCGAUUUCUUCAUCUCAAUCGCGUAUUUCUCAAUCCCUUUAGAACUCAUAUACUUCGUUCAGAAGUCGUCUUACUUCCCAUACCGAUGGGUGGUUAUGCAGUUUGGUGCGUUUAUCGUGCUUUGUGGGGCGACACAUUUUAUAAACUUGUGGACAUUUUCGUCACACUCGAGGACCGUUGCUGUGGUUAUGACUGUUGCCAAGUUGUCCACAGCUUUUGUUUCAUGCAUUACAGCUUUGAUGCUUGUGCAUAUCAUACCGGAUUUGUUGAGUGUGAAGAAGCGCGAAUUGUUUUUGAGAAAACGGGCCGAAGAUCUUGAUAAAGAAAUGGGGUUGAUUAUUAAACAGGAGGAAGCUGGUAGGCAUGUUAGAAUGUUGACACAUGAGAUUAGAAGUACACUUGAUAGAGAUACUAUAUUGAAAACUACUAUGAUUGAGUUGGGUCGGAUCUUGGAUCUUGAAGAGUGUGCUUUGUGGAUGCCUUCUAGGAGGGGUUGUUUGGUCCUUGAGUUGUGUUAUUGUUUGCAUAAUUUGAUUCCUUUUGGCUCGACCGUUGACAUGAAUUUGAGUGAAGUUAGUCGCGUGUUGAGUAGCCAGGAUGCGCUCAGGAUUCAUGGGUUGUGCCAGUUGGCCAGGGUUAGAUCCGCCGUGGGAGCAUACAGGCAACCAGAGGCGGUUGCGGUCCGUGUACCUCUCUUGCACCUCUCAAAUUUCGAAAUGGAUGAUUGGUCCGAUCGCGCGGUAGACAGUUACGCGAUCAUGGUUUUGGUUCUUCCGGUGAACGGUGUAAGAAAAUGGCGAGAUCAUGAACUAGAGCUUGUGGAAGUUGUUGCGGACCAGGUUGCCGUUGCGCUUUCUCAUGCCGCGAUUCUAGAAGAGUCGAUGAGAGCGCGCGACCAGCUGAUGGAGCAAAAUAUUGCCUUGGAGUUGGCCAAACAAGAGGCAGAAAUGGCGAUCCAUGCUCGAAAUGACUUUCUUUGUGUCAUGAAUCAUGAAAUGAGAACACCUAUGCAUGCGGUUAUUGCAUUGGCAUCUCUUCUUCUUGAAACCGAACUUACUCCAGAACAAAGAGCCAUGGUCGAGACGGUUCUUAGAAGUAGUAACCUUCUUGCGGCACUUAUAAACGACGUUCUAGAUCUUUCUAGACUAGAAGACGGCAGCCUACACUUGGAAAACGACGUCUUUGACCUUCAUGGAUUGUUCAGUGAGGUCAUUAGAUUAAUAAACCCCAUCGCGUGUGUGAAAAAGGUAUCCAUGACGUUGAACUGCGACAUGGAUUUACCCGCGUGUGGGUUUGGAGACGAGAAAAGGCUUAUGCAAACCAUUUUGAAUGUAGCUGGUAACGCGGUUAAGUUCACUAAAGAAGGUCAUGUCUCGGUUGAGGCCUCCGUUCUGAGUUCUGAAUUUGUAGGAGAGUGGCGUACGCCUGAGUUCUGUCCCACGUUGGCCGACGGCUUAUUUUACCUUCUUGUACAGGUUAAGGAUUCUGGAAGUGGCAUCACACAACAAGAAAUUCCACACAUCUUUUCCAAAUUUUCAGACUCUCAAAAUGGUUCCAUUAGAAACAAUGGUGCAGGGCUUGGACUUGCCAUUUGCAAAAGGUUUGUGAAUUUGAUGGGAGGACACAUAUGGGUUGAGAGCGAAGGGUUAGGAAAGGGCACGACGGUGACUUUUCUUGUGAAGUUAGGACACUGCAACAGUCCAAAUGACCCAACCCGUCAUGGCAGCGGUGAGCUAAUCACACACAGAUAUUUGUCGAGUCAAGAUUACAAAGCGACUGCAUCCUUCCCUCGUUACCAAAAGGGAUUCUAGCACCUGCCGGGCGUAUGGGGUGUAGUGUUAAGCUACAGAAAAAAGAAACCCAAAGAGCAAACACCAAUGCCUUCAUGGGAGGAAUGAAUAGAUUUGUUUUUUGAUAUUCAUGUUUGAUUUAAUAAAUAUUUAGUCAAUACUUUUUUUAACACCA